GAACACGUUAUGGACUAUUUUCAAGCCAAGGUAAGGUUGUGCCGGGACCUAUCACUGCCGUUUCUCGAAGUCCGAGAUCACGUACUGAAAGGGCUGUACUCGCGCGAGAUGGCGUUGUACUCGCUCGGACGUACGCAUUUAACCGAAGAGGAUCUGCUUGGAGACCUGUUAGAAUGGGCUAGGAUGGAUGCCAUUCACUCUUCCGAAGGUAAACCCAAAGAUGUGAAGCCGGCCGCCAAGAAAAAUGAUCUCAAGGUGCCGAAGCCUGGUGUUCACGCGUGGACUAGGUUCAAACCAGUCGAAGAGAAGAAGACGGAAGACGUUCCGAACAGAGAUACCUCGAGCUGCUGUUGGGUCUGCAAGAAAAUGGGACAUCUGUCGAGAGACUGCCCCAACAAACGGAAAAACACGUGUUACGGGUGUGGUGUCGAAGGGCACAUACGGCCAAACUGUCCCGAGCGAGAUCAAGCUAGCGUUGUUGUGGUGAGUCGAGAGGUCGUCGCGCAUCCGUAUCGCCGCAUUGGACGAAUAAACGGCCGCGAAGUUAAUGUGUUGCUCGACACGGGCUACCAUCAUGUGCUGAUCAAGGCGAGUGUCGCCGUGAGUUGUGGGCUUUCCAUCAAGCCUGUGGACAAGCCCCUGUAUGGGCUUGGCAGUAUGACAGUACCGUCCGUGCGAACGGUUGGUAUGACGCGAGCGUCCGUUGCUGUCGACGAAGUGUGUCCAGGGACGGUGACGAUGCUAGUCGUGAGUAGUGAUGUAAAAUUACCGUAA